AUGAGCAGUUUUAAGACGGAGAAUCACCUGAAGGUGCACCAGUGGGUGCACACGAGCAAGGAGCCCUAUUGCUGCUCCACCUGCGGCAAGAGCUUUACCCGGGUGUAUGGGCUGCGGGAUCACCAGCGAGUGCACAGCGAUGAGCGGCCGUUCACCUGCUCCGACUGCGGAAAAGGCUUCAAGUCGUCGCCGGACCUGAAGCAGCACAGGCGCAUGCACACUGCGGAGCGGCCCUACACUUGCAAUGAAUGCGGCAAGGGCUUCACCCAGUUCAGAAACCUGCGGGUGCAUCAACGCACCCACACCGGCGAGCGUCCCUAUACCUGCACCCACUGUGGUAAGGGCUUCACCCACUCCACCAGCCUGCUGACCCACCGGCGCAUCCACACCGGGGAGCUGCCCUACACCUGCAGCGACUGCGGCAAGGGCUACACCCGCUCCGACAGCCUGCAUCACCUGCUGAUGCACCAGCGCAUCCACACCGGCGAGCGCCCCUAUACGUGCGGCCAGUGCAGCAAAGGCUUCACCCGUUCCUCGCACCUGCUGUAUCACCAGCACACCCACACUGGUGAGCGCCCCUACAUAUGUACCCAGUGCGGCAAGGGCUUCACCCAGUCCUGUCACCUGCUCGUGCACCAGCGCACCCACACUG